UCUGAAGUGCCUCACUUCAGGCUGUGCGGUAGCCAUUUUGGUCGCUCGUGUUGAAGCACCACAGUUGAGCAAAAGUUCUAGAGCGAGAGCGUUGCAGAUUUGUGGUACCAUGCCGUCCUUGCCGCUUCAGGUGGCGGUGGUCUGCUCUAGCAACCAGAAUCGGAGCAUGGAGGCACACCACAUCCUCAGCAAGCGAGGUUUCAAUGUCCGUUCCUUUGGAACAGGAUCUCACGUGAAGCUUCCAGGUCCAGCACCCAACAAGCCAAAUGUUUAUGAUUUCAGAACCACAUAUGAUCAGAUGUACAACGAUCUUAUUAAGAAAGACAAAGAUUUCUAUACGAAGAAUGGCAUUUUGCAUAUGUUGGACAGAAAUAAAAGAAUCAAGCCCGGUCCAGAAAGGUUCCAAAAUUGUAAAGAGCCGUUCGAUCUGAUCCUCACUUGUGAAGAGCGAGUCUAUGACCAGGUGGUAGAAGAGCUGAAUUCCAGAGAGCAGGAGACCUGCCAACCCGUGCAUGUGGUCAAUGUGGAUAUACAAGACAACUAUGAAGAGGCCACCCUCGGGGCAUUCCUCAUCUGUGAGCUCUGCCAGUGUAUCCAGCACACUGAUGACAUGGAUGAUGAGAUUGAAGAGCUGCUGCAGGAGUUCGAAGAGAAAAGCGGCAAGGCUUUUCUGCACACCGUCUGCUUCUACUGAAGAAGGCUGCCUCCCGCCCUCCGAAGCCAUCUGGAGCUUCAUUUUAUUAGUACUUUUGCCUUCCUGAUACUUGCUUAGUUUCCUGCCUGAUACUUUUAGGCAUUUUGACAUUGGACAGAGUAUCACCCUGAUCAACCUCAACUGCAUAUGAAAUGAAAUAUAUGAAUACCAGGCUUGAAAUAAAACAUCUUCUAUCCCACUUUUACAGAUAAGUGGGAUGUCAGUUA